GCUGGCUCUGUUGAGGUGUGGUACGGGAAAGAGAAAAGGCAAAGGGGUUCAGGGGGCGAACUAAACCAGGAUAAUUGGGCAGAGCCCUUGAGACUCCCCCUGCCCAGGGAGCAGACGUAUCUCCGGAUGUGAGGGGGUUAAGCCUCGACAGCUCCACGUAGAAAGUUGGCUCCUGCGGCCGUCUGCGGUCUGGGAUACUGAAUAUAUAGGGCGGAGACCUCCGUCUUUUGCAGGACUCCGCUCCCGCCAGUUUAUCCCUCUGGUCCAGCAUUUCCAACACCAUGGCUCCCCCGGCCCUCCUGCUGGGUCUCUGCCUGCUGCUGGUCGGCUUCCUGCCGGCCCUGCACGCUUGCCCCCAGAACUGCCACUGCCACGGAGGGGACCUGCAACACGUCAUCUGCGACAACGUGGGGCUGCGCAAGAUCCCCAAGGUGUCCGAGAAGACCCGGCUGCUCAACCUGCAGCGCAACAACUUCCCAGUGCUGGCCGCCAACUCCUUCAAAGCCACCCCGGCCCUCGUCUCCCUGCAUCUCCAGCACUGCCAGGUGCGCGAAGUGGCUGCCGGAGCCUUCCGAGGCCUAAAGCAGCUCAUCUACCUGUACCUGUCCAACAAUGACAUUCGGGUGUUGCGCAGUGGCGCCUUUGACGACCUCACGGAGCUCACCUACCUCUACCUGGACCACAACAAGGUGAGCGAACUGCCUCGGGGAUUGCUCUCCCCGCUAGUCAACCUCUUCAUCCUUCAGCUGAGCAGCAAUAAGAUCCGAGAGCUGCGGCCAGGAGCCUUCCAGGGCGCCAAAGACCUGCGCUGGCUCUACCUGUCUGACAAUGCCCUGAGCACCCUGCAACCCGGAGCCUUGGAUGACGUGGAGAACCUUGCCAAGUUCCACCUGGACAAGAAUCAGCUGUCCACUUACCCGAGUGCUGCCCUGAGCAAACUGAGAGUGGUGGAGGAAUUAAAAUUGUCUCACAACCCACUGAAGGUCAUCCCAGACCAAGCCUUCCAGUCUUUUGGACGCUACCUGGAGACCCUCAUCCUGGACAACAUGAGCCUGGAGAAGUUCUCUGAUGGUGCUUUCUUGGGUGUGACUACCCUAAAACAUGUCCAUCUGGAGAAUAACCGGUUGAGCCAGCUGCCCUCUAACUUCCCCUUUGACGGUUUGGAAACACUGACUCUGACCAACAACCCCUGGAAGUGCACCUGCCAGCUCCAUGGCCUUCGAAGGUGGCUGGAGGCCAAGGCUUCACGCCCAGAUGCAACCUGUGCAUCUCCCACCAAGUUCCGAGGUCAGCACAUCCGGGAGACAGCAGCGUUCCGAGGCUGCAAAUUCCCCACCAAGAGAUCUAAGAAAGCCAGCCGCCAUUAAACAGCCCUACCAUGGAGAGAGAGACUGUUCCCCCUUGGCCCCGCCCUCGGGAAUCUCCAGCAGGACACCUGUGCUUUGCUGACCUGACCCUCCCUAUGUUAUAUUUCACUCCCUCCUAGAUUUAUAUAAAUAUAUAUGUAUAAUAUUUCUUUAUCUCACCUGUGUCAGUGACUUUCCCAUGCUCUGAAGAGAUCAAAUUGUAUUUUUUCUUACGUCCAUUUUCCAGAUCAAGCAUUGGAUAUGAAGCCAUAGUCUACUGCUAUCCCUGCCCCAUUAUCUCCUUGGUUGCUGCCCUACCCUCAGACCCCUACCCCCUGCCCAACAGGUCUUCCCUUACCCUUGGUCUAGCUCCUACUUGUCCACCUACAAAGUACAUAUUGAAGAUUCCAGAACCCAAGGGAUCUAUCUUCCCUGUCUGGAAAA